AAAUUGCCAGAGUCAGAGAGCGAUUGUUCCACCUCAAUGGGUCAGUAAAAAAAGCAGAAGAUGAUAUGCCUGAGGCCUCGGGACCAAUAAUUACUCUUCAGGAGAAAGUUUUUGUCCCUGUGAAAGAAAAUCCUAAUUACAACUUUGUUGGAAGGCUGCUGGGCCCACGCGGACUUACCGCUAAGCAGCUGGAGCAAGAUCUAGAAUGCAAGAUCAUGGUGCGAGGUCAAGGGUCAAUGAGGGAUAAACGGAAGAUUAACAUUAGGAAUAUGGAUUAA